AUGGCCCCUCGAACGCUAGAAACAGCAACGAUAGACGAAGACGCAGAUAUCUACGAAGAUAAAACUGUCCAUGCUGUAUAUGAUGCGAUAGCGAGCCAUUUUUCAUCUACAAGAUACAAACCAUGGCCAGUUAUUGCCGCAUUCCUGUCUGCCCCGCCAACAGGCUGGAUAGGUCUUGACUCGGGAACAGGGAAUGGGAAAUACUUGCCCCUACCACUGGAUCGGCCAGGCGACAUCUGGACAAUCGGGCUCGAUAGAAGUCGCAAUUUACUCACGAUUGCGAGAACUGCAGGGAAAGGCGAAGUAAUCAGAGAGGUAGUAUGGGGCAAUGUUCUCGAAAAUGGUUGGCGAAUAGGUGUAUUUGACUACGCGAUAUCGGUAGCUACAAUCCAUCAUCUUGCGACUCAGCAACGCCGAAUGAUUGCUGUCCAGGUGAGAGAGAACGGGUUUUGUGCUACUUUGGUUUAUUUUAGUCUCCCUCAGCGGCUGCUUCAGGCGGUUUCUCCUGACCACGGACGGAUUCUCAUCUAUGUUUGGGCGAUCGAGCAAGACGAAUUGUCGAAAAGAAAAGUGCUUGGUGAGCAAGAAGUUCUAGCGACGACAGGCAAAGACGUUAUGGUGCCAUGGGUAUUGACGAUACCGGCGACGCCAGGUCCAAUUCCGAGCCCUGGAGAGUCUGAGAACCGACCAGUGUACAAUCGGUAUUACCAUAUGUUUGCAAAAGGAGAACUUGCUGGAUUGGUGGUUGAUGCUGCUACGAGUCUUGGCUUGCAAGUCUCCGUGAAGCCGGACAAGACAGAGCAACCGCUAAGAGGGGUGGAGAUUGUUCAGGAUGGCUGGGAAAGAUCCAACUAUUACGUCGAGCUCCGACGUUGGACAAUUUUGGAGGCGUCUUAA